AUGUCGAAAUUUCUGGAAAUUCCGAGUUGUGCAACAACUCCGAUGUGUCUUCAUAGAGAAACAUUAUUCUACAUUCUCGAUGGAUUCAUUCAAGAGGCUAAACAGAAUAUUUGCUCUUCUGAAUACCCUCCAGGCGACCUAAAAGGACAAGAAACCAAAUUAAUUCAAUUAUUGAUUGAUAAAUCGAAUCAAACGCUUCGAAUGUAUGGAUCGGCCCAGGAACUUUUGGAAAAUAUCAAUAUUUUCAAGGAUUUUCCUGCAAAUCACAAGUUUUUCGGUGCAGCUGAAGAGCCAUAUCAAACUCGUCCGACUAUCUUCAAAAGUUUGAAGGAUGAGGAAUACAUUGCCAAGCAAGAUCUUUUUGUAAUUCUUCAGAAUAUGAUUCUUAGUGUAAGCCGAGAAUGGCCAAUUGAACUAGUACAUUUGUUCGCAUAUUAUUUGAAAGCUAGAGAGGAAAAUGUUGAAAAAUGUGUGGAAUUUGUGAAGUUCGAUAAGAAAUUUAUUGAUUCCAUGAAGAAUAGGCUCACUGAGGCCAUGGGAACCUCUCAACAUUCGCCAGCUAAACAUCAGCAGCUUGUCAAAGAAUUUUCGAAACUGAAUUUGUCUCAAAUCAUCGCAAAAUUCGAACACCUCAUUCCUUCGAAGCUGAACCCAGAUCAACACCAACGUCUUCAAGUGUUUCUCGGACGCUUUUUCAAUAGUAUGCCAUUGAGAAAUCGUAAUGAUGGAAUGUUGAUGAGCUAUUUGUUUGCCAGUCUAAUCAUCGAAUCUCUUGAAACUGUUGUUGAUGAGAAUCUGGAGAUGUUCUCGCCACGUCACCAAGAUUCUAAGCAGCCAGUGACAGUCAGAGUCUUUGAAGAUGGAGAUCAACAAUUUCUGAUGAAAACUUCUUUAAAAUCAGUCGUUUUGGAGACCAUAACAAUGGAGCAAUUUCUCGACAAUUAUGGAAUCACUAACAAUAUCGAGUUCAUUCGCUAUCCAAUCACUAGAGUCAAGCACCGAGCUACUCCGAUUCAAGGACCUUCUGGAAGUUUCUACAUUCUUGCUAUCGACUUCUUUUUCGAGCUUAUGAGAGAAUUGAUUUUUGAUAAAAAGUAUUUCCAAAAGCUCAAGCCCGCCGAUCUUCCUGAAUUUCUCCAAAAUAAUUUCAACGAAUCCGGCAAAAUUUUCUUCCCAAUUAAUAGCCUAUAUUUUAUUGAAACCGGCACGCUUCUACCGUUCUGGAUUGAUGAAAAAUCGAAGAAUGUUCAAGCCAAAGAAGUCAGAAACGCCAAAAAAGACGGAUUCACUGUUCAAAACCUGAAGAACGAAUUGGUUCGUUUGGGUCUCACCACGACUUUUCCAGAUAUUCAGGAUUAUGCAGAAGGGGUGUAUCUUGCAGCGGACAAGAACAAAAAAGAAAAGUUCCUGAGAACUUGCGAUCUAUUUGACGCUAUUGAGCACUGUCAACUCAUUUGUAUUCUGGAGAGAUCUCUGAAUCUCAGAAAGUUCGUGCACAAUCAGAAAGGAUGUCAUCGAGUUUAUGGAUUCGUAUGCGGUUUUUGUCUUCUUGAAAAGCUACAAACGUUGGCCAUUCAGGAUUCCGAGGGACCUUCUGGAAUUCAUUGA